CUACACUUUCUCUAUCUCUGAGUCUCGAUGGAGGCAGCGCCUCAGCUCGUCUCCACUGGAAUCGAAUCCCUUCGCCGGAGCUCCAAGCAUUCAUUCCCGACCACAACCUCCAGUAGAGUUCGAGUUCGCGUUCCGAAACGAUUUAACCGGGUUCUUGCGGUUGCCACCGACCCCAAACCCACCAAGUCCGGCUCAUCACCAUCAAAACCACCCAAAUCUCCAUCGCUCAAUGGCUCCUCCUCGAGGUCCCCGCCUAUCAAUGGAGUUUCCACGAGAAUUGGAGAUGUUUCAAAGGAAAUCAAAAGGGUGCGAGCCCAGAUGGAAGAAAACGAAGACUUGGCAAUACUCAUGAAAGGUCUUCGCGGACAAAAUUUGAAGGAUUCACAGUUUGCUGAGGAUGACGUUCAGCUUCGUCUUGUUGAGGUAGAUGAAAGCAGUGAAUUUUUGCCUGUGGUAUAUGAUCCUGCUAGCAUCUCUUCUUAUUGGGGAAAACGGCCUCGUGCUGUUGUGACACGUGUAAUUCAAUUACUCUCUGUAACUGGGGGUUUCCUUUCACGUCUUGCAGGGGAUUUUAUAAACAAGAAAAUCAAAGAGAAUGAAGUUGCUAGGGCCAUUGAAAUAAGGGAAAUUGUGACCUCUUUGGGUCCCGCAUAUAUCAAACUUGGGCAAGCAUUGAGCAUUCGACCAGAUAUACUGUCACCUGCUGCAAUGACUGAGCUGCAAAAGCUUUGUGAUAAGGUUCCUUCAUUUCCGGAUGAUAUAGCUAUGGCUCUCAUUGAGGAGGAGCUUGGUCAGCCAUGGCAAAACAUGUACUCUGAGCUCUCUUCCUCUCCAAUUGCUGCUGCAUCUCUUGGGCAAGUAUAUAAGGGCCGGCUAAAAGAAAAUGGAGAUCUCGUGGCUGUUAAAGUGCAGAGACCUUUUGUUCUUGAAACAGUAACUGUUGAUUUGUUUAUCAUACGGAACUUGGGUUUGGUUCUCCGGAGGUUUCCUCAGAUCUCUGUAGAUGUGGUUGGAUUAGUUGAUGAAUGGGCAGCUCGUUUCUUUGAAGAGUUGGAUUAUAUUAAUGAGGGUGAGAAUGGACUACUCUUUGCUGAAAUGAUGAGAAAAGAUCUUCCACAGGUGGUUGUACCAAAAACCUACCCAAAAUAUACAUCAAGAAAGGUUCUUACUACAUCAUGGUUAGAAGGAGAGAAGCUAUCACAAAGUACUGAAAGUGAUGUUGGAGAACUGGUCAAUGUUGGAGUCAUAUGCUACCUGAAGCAGUUGCUUGACACUGGAUUAUUUCAUGCUGAUCCUCAUCCUGGGAAUUUGAUUCGCACUCCAGAUGGCAAGCUUGCCAUACUUGAUUUUGGUCUGGUCACCAAGUUAACUGAUGAUCAAAAGUAUGGAAUGAUCGAGGCAAUUGCUCACCUUAUUCAUCGUGAUUAUGGAGCCAUAGUCAAAGACUUUGUCAAGCUUGGUUUUAUUGACGAGGGGGUUAAUCUAGAACCUAUUUUGCCUGUUCUGGCCAAGGUUUUUGAUCAGGCUCUUGAAGGUGGAGGAGCAAAAAAUAUCAACUUCCAAGACUUGGCAGCAGAUUUGGCACAAAUCACAUUUGACUAUCCAUUUAAGAUACCGCCUUAUUUUGCUCUUAUAAUUAGAGCAAUUGGGGUCCUGGAAGGCAUAGCUUUAGUGGGAAAUCCUGAUUUUGCUAUUGUGGAUGAGGCCUAUCCAUAUAUUGCCCAGAGGCUACUGACAGAUGAAUCCCCACGGUUAAGGAAUGCUUUACGUUACACAAUUUAUGGGAAAUCUGGAGUUUUUGAUGCGGAAAGAUUUAUUGAUGUCAUGCAAGCCUUUGAGAGUUUCAUAACUGCUGCUAAAAGUGGAGGUGGAGAGGAAAUGAAUGGUGGUAUGGCUGAACUUGGACUUUUGCAAAGUCGAACAGAGUAUACCCCUCCUGGAUUUGCAUCAAAUGUGCAACCAGUUCAAACAAGGGCGGCUUUAGCAUUUGUACUGUCUGAUAAAGGAAACUUUUUCAGAGAAUUUCUUCUGGAUGAGAUUGUGAAAGGCAUUGAUGCAGUUACAAGAGAACAAUUGGUUCGUGCAAUGGCACUUCUUGGAUUCGGGAAUGCUCUUCCAGUUUUCAGCAUGGCUCCUAGUUUUGGGCCUUUCAAGCCUGCAGGACUUCUACCAACAAUAACUGAGGAGGAUAGAGUUAUAUUGAACAAUGUUCAAAGAGUAGUCGAGUUCCUGGCUGCAGGGAGUUCGAUAUCAAGAACGUCCAAUCAGGAAUUAAAUGUGUCUCAGGUUAUCCAAGAGUUUCUUCCUGUUAUGCCGAGUAUCUCUUCCAAAGUGCUCCCUGAAGUGCUCAGCCGAUUAUCUUCACGGGUAAUAGCACGUGUGAUUAGAGAUACAAUUUUGUAAUAAAUUUGCCUAGCUUACCUGCCGGAACCUCAUUUGUGCAUAAAUAUUUAGUAUUAUCAGAUACAAGUCAUAUAUGUCUAGUCUAACCUUGUCUUUAGGUGCAAUUCUUAUCCUCAACAGCUGCCAAGAACCCAAAUUGUUGUAUAUAAUAUCCCUUGAGAAAUGAACUAAAAAUUUGGCCCGAAAAGACCAUGCUGUUGCUUGUUUAAGCAACAUUUUGCAUUC